AUGGCUGCACUUGCUGAACGCCAGCAAAUGGUUGGGGAAUCCUCUAAUCAUAACCACAACGUCAACAUCAACGUUUCUUCACACAGUAUGCCACCUGGAAAUUGCGACAGUUACUACGACAUAGAACAAGAACAGAUGACAUUGACCACCACUAUCUCUUCAUCAAAUGUGUUUGCAUCUGCUAACUCUGUGGUAAAGUUUAAUGGUCUCAACUAUGGUGAGUGGUUCGAGCAAAUCCGGUUUACACUAGGUGUAAUGGCUUUGGACUCUGCCAUACUAUCUGAUGAGGAACCUUCAGCUAUUACAGUAGAUAGCUCCAAAUCUGAAAAGUCUCGUUAUGAGAGAUGGGAGCGAUCUAACAGGCUGAGCUUGAACCUUAUGAGGUUAACAAUGGCGGAAAGUAUUAAGCCAUCAAUGCCUAAGACAGAGAAAGCAAGGGAAUUCAUAGAGAAAAUUAAGGAGUGUUCACAAUCGGAAUUGGCUGACAAGUCGAUUGUAGGAAGUCUCAUGAAUGAGCUAACUACAAAGAAGUUUGACUGGUCUCAGCCAAUCCAUGAUCAUUUGACGCACAUGUCUAAUCUGGCAGCAAAGUUAACGACCUUGGGAAUGGAGGUACAUGAGCAAUUCUUGGUCCAAUUCAUCAUGAACUCUCUACCUCUUGAAUUUAGCCAGUUCCAGGUGAAUUACAACACCAUUAAGGAUAAAUGGAACUUUAAGGAAUUAAAGUCUAUGCUAAUUCAAGAGGAGGGGAGACUAAGGAAGAUGAAAGAUCAAGUUGCUAACCUCGUAGGUCUUGGAAGUGCUAGUAGCAGCAAAAGAACAUCAAGUAGGAAGGACAAAAGUGAAAGGACCUCAAAGUCAAAUCCAAAAGGAAAAGAAGUGUUUCUUUUGUAA